GCUUCCGAGCCAGGCUGACUUUUUAUUAAAGCUGAUUGUUUGACGUGGGAAUGUUGCUCGCGAUAGUGCUAGCACACAUUUAGCGGUUACAAAUACCAGUUGUGUGUCGGUGUUGCUCUUGGACUGGAAAGUGGCCCCAAAAUGCACCUUUGACAGCUCGGCUUCUUCCCGUCGAGACGCUGAUUGGACAUUCUAGUUAAGACUCCAGUCUUCGUCAAGGGGCUGCUCCGAUAUGACGAAGAGAAGUUUGUCUCUUCAGCUUGUUAAAAGAGGUUAGGUAAAGAUGAACAUUCCCGUUCCGAAAUGUGAUGACAGGAUGCUGAACCAUCACUGCAGAAGGAACCCUGAGCUGCACGAGGAGCUGCAGAUCCAGGCUGCGGUGGUGGCAGGCGAUGUCUUCACCGUCAGGAGGAUGCUGGAGCGAGGAUACUCACCAAAGAUCCGCGAUGCCAACGGCUGGACUUUGCUGCACUUCUCUGCCGCCAAAGCAAAAGAGAGAUGUGUGCGCGUCUUUCUGGAGCAUGGAGCCGACCCCACCGUGAAGGACUUCAUCGGGGGCUUCACGGCGCUGCACUACGCCGCCAUGCACGGCCGCGCGCGCAUCGCCCGCCUCAUGCUGGAGUCCGACUUCUGCAGCGACAUCAUCAACGCCAAGAGCAACGACGGCUGGACGCCGCUGCACGUGGCGGCCCACUACGGCCGAGACUCGUUUGUGCGGCUCCUGCUGGAGUUCAGGGCCGAGGUGGACCCGCUGAGCGACAAGGGGACCACGCCGCUGCAGCUGGCCAUCAUCCGCGAGCGCUCCAGCUGCGUGCGCAUCCUCCUGGACCACAGCGCCAACAUUGACAUUCAAAAGGGCUUCCUGCUGCGCUACGCCGUCAUCAAGGGCAACCACUCCUACUGCCGUAUGUUCCUGCAGCGGGGGGCCGACACCAACCUGGGACGUCUGGAGGACGGCCAGACCCCCCUGCACCUGUCGGCGCUCCGUGACGACGUCCUGUGUGCGCAGAUGCUCUACACCUACGGCGCCGACACAAACACCAGGAACUACGAGGGACAGACGCCUGCCGCCGUCUCUGUCAGCUUGUCCCGACACAGCCGCCCGUGUCUGGACUUCCUGCAGGACGUCACCAGGCGGCCCAGGAGCCUGCAGGACUUGUGUCGCAUCAAAAUCCGCCAGUGCAUCGGCCUGCAGAGCCUCAGCCUGCUGGAGGAGCUGCCCAUCGCCAAGGUCAUGAAGGACUAUCUCAAACACAAGUUCUAGCGCACCGCGCACGCCCCCGCCCCCAGACGCCGCACACGCAAGGAGGAAGUAGAAGAGGGCGAGGAGGAAGGGGUAGGACCUGCACAACAACUGUGCUCGUGGUCUCUGCUGAAGGUUAGUUGGUUCUGUGCGUUCCCGCUUUGCUCUCCAUGUCAGAACCUUUUGCUGGCUCAGCUGCCUGCCUGCCUGCUUGCGGGUGGGUGGGUGGGGGCGGAGCCUCAAGCCAUCUUCCCUCUUCCUGACUGCCAAGGCGACGAGUUAUGAUGUGCUGCAGCCUUGACGCGGCAGUCUGCCACAUGGCCGUGCACGUGGCGAGCGCACGUCUCCUGGGUGACGCGGACGUCUGCGUGUAAAUAUGUCUGAUGAUAUUUUUGUACAAUUUAUUUAAACUUUCUGCGUGUGUGUGUGUGUGUGUUUUAUGUGUGUGCGCACGUGCGCGCUCACUCACCAUUCCUCCUGAUAAAACUGUGAAUUUCACAAUAAAAUGUCACAGGAAGUAACUUGUUGUGUUAGCACGCACGCACACAGACUUCCUGUCUUACACUUUGCGCUUCCAGCAUCCCAGAAUAUGCACCUCUCUGUCACCACGGCAAUGUGUGCGCGUGUGUGUGGCGCCCCCUGCAGGAUUGUUUUGUUUGCCAAGGUGCUCCGUCCGGUCUGCGUCUAACACGGGGGUGUCCCAAGCGCAGCCCGGGGGCCAUGUUGCCAUGGAGCUUGUGUUUUACUGGCCCUUGCCGUGUUGUAAACAUCAAAUGACUUCACUAUUAAAGAAUAUCUUAUUUAAAGAGGACGUGAAUAAGGACUUCUUUGUCACCUCUAAUAUAAAAGCCAAGAUGUGGAUGUGUUGUUGAGCAUAUGUUCACCUGCGUCGGAUUGCUUUU